AUGGUCUUGAUGGUCUGCGCACUCAUAGCCAUCUACCAUCCUACGAGGUUUAAUUCCAAUUCCAGGGGUCCUAAGGCCAGCAACAUAUCUGCUCAGGUCCUUGUUCUUGGCGACAUUGGUCGAAGCCCCCGUAUGCAGUAUCAUGCUCUCAGCAUUGCCAAGCAUGGUGGACAUGUCCAGCUCAUUGGAUAUCGAGAGUCUUCCCUGCUCCCUGCCCUGCUAGAGAGCGAGAACGUUGUGGUCUGGGCACUCCGACCACCUCCUCGCCUGCUGUCAAAGCUGCCCUUCAUCAUUGCAGGCCCACUCAAGGUGCUCUACCAGAUUUAUGAAUUGCUUCUGGUCCUCCUCUAUCGGGUGGAGCCAUCCAAAUGGCUCAUUGUCCAGAACCCCCCUUCGAUCCCCACUCUGAUGGUUGCAGCUAUUGCCUGUCGUGCCCGAGGCACACGCCUGCUCAUCGACUGGCACAACUAUGGCUGGACCAUCCUGGCCGGCACGCGCGGUCAGCGGCACCCUUUUGUCCGUGCCUCCAAGAUCUACGAGGCCUUCUUCGGCCGCUUCGCCCCGACCGCCAACCUGGCCGUCACCGCUGCCAUGCGCGCCGACCUGCAGACAAGCCCCUACAACCUCCGCACGCCCAUCGCUGCCAUGCAUGACCGCCCUGCCGCCAUCUUCCAGCCGGUCGGCAGCCAGCAGGAACGCAGGGCCUUCCUGUAUGGCAUCGAGCAGACCGCGGACUAUGCCGAGGACAUCCUCGCCGGCAAAGUGCGGCUGCUGGUGAGCAGCACCUCCUGGACCCCCGACGAGGACUUUGGCAUCCUGCUGGACGCGCUCGUGCUCUACGCCGCCGCCGCUGCCGCCGCCGCCUCCUCGUCUUCGUCUUCCUCGCCUGCUGGGCGCGUCCCCCCCUUGCUAGUGAUCAUCACGGGCCGCGGCCCCCAAAAGGCCAAGUACGAGGCCGAGAUGGCCCGCCUCGCCGCCUCGGGCAGGCUGACGGGCGUGGAGAUCCGUACGGCCUUCCUGUCCUUCGAGGACUACGCCAGGCUGCUGGCGGCCGCGGACCUGGGCAUCUGCCUGCACAUGAGCUCGUCCGGGCUCGACCUGCCCAUGAAGGUUGUCGACAUGUUUGGGGCGGGUCUGCCCGUCCUGGCGUACUCGCAGUACCAGAGCUUCGGCGAGCUGGUCAGGGAGGGGGUGAACGGCGUGGGCUUUGUGACGGCGGAGGAGCUGGAGGUAGGGUUGGUGCGCCUGCUUGACCCUUCCAGCGGCGAGCUGGCCAGGCUCAAGGCGGGUGCCGUGAAGGAGGGCUCGCGCCGCUGGGAUGAGGAAUGGGAUGAGGUUGUCAAGCCUAUCCUGGAACUUAGCUGA